CACUUUACACACCACGUGGUUUUGUAGAUGGUAAACGCGUAGUAGAUUUAGGAAUCAGGUUACAUUAAAUAUUCACCUGGGGAAGGAAGUCUAUUCAUUUGGAAAGGUGGUUGGUUCAUUUGUGUGGAGAGGGAGAGGGAGUGGGAGAAUAGCCCGUUUCGAUAGCGUGUGUGAACACACAGUAUCCCCGUUGGUGUCUGUUGUUGCUGUGUAUCCGAGGAUGAACAGUGUUGGCGAGGGAUGCACGGAGCUCAAACGGGAAUACGAUCAGUGUUUUAACCGCUGGUUUGCAGAGAAGUUCCUCAAGGGAGAUCGGAGCGGCGACCCCUGCAUUGAAAUGUUCAAGAGCUACCAACAGUGCGUGCAGAAAGCCAUCAAAGACAAGGACAUCCCGAUUGAAGGGGUCGAGUUCAUGGGACCCAACAAGGAGAAACCUGGAAGUUGACUGUGACAUUUAAGCGACCCCCAGCAAAACACUGCAGCAAGUCAGUCCUCCAGACCGACACCAGUGGGCAUCAGCUUGAAUGGGUUUAUUUCUGGGGUUAAAAAAAAUGUAAAGGCUUUAAUGUUAUGUCUUGUUAAUUGUAUGUGAAGAAUCAAGAAGAAAAACGUUGUUAAUGUAAAUACUGUUUUGUACAUAAUGUUAGCUGUAUAGAAUCAUAGUGAGACCUGGCUAUAGGACCGUGUGUUCUUUCUUUGACGCUCUGUGGAGGAGCCCUGCUGCGCUGUGACCCAAGAUCUUUCAAAUAGAACUUGAGACUUAAAAUAAAUAAAUAAAUU